AGAACUCACAGCUAUGUUUAAUAGUGAAAGUAAGAGCAUUUACAUACGCACAAGGCGAAGGCAACUCCAAAUAAAUGUUGAGACAUUGCAGAAGCUUGUGGAAACGAUGCCACAGCGAAUGCGUACAUCCAAAGCUAAAGGCGGUCCAACGAAAUAUUAGUGUGACCUUUUUGUUGGCCUGGCAGUGUAGUUUGUUUUAAUCAAAAUAAUUCAAAUUAAGGAUUCCAUUGCCAUUUUUAUUUAUAAAGAGUUCAAAAAUCACCAGAGACCCAUAUUUUCCAUGACAGCACAAUAAAUGUGCUUGUGUGUAUUUGCAUAUGAUUGAGACUUAUAAACACCCUUCGCUUUUUAAAGUAUGUCGCCCUCUUGUGGACUUUUAAGAUAUUGCUUAGUAAUACUAUUCACAUGGGAGAAAUACUUUUCAUCACACUUUAAAUCACACAGACAAAUGUGUCUGGUUGAGCACUGUGUUGGCCUUGGGGUUACCUGCUGUUACCUGCUAUGUUGUUCCCAGAGCUACAUUAUUGCUCUCGCGAGAUCUUGUCCCACGUCUCUAGAGUGCCGUUGCUAUGGACACAGUAGCGUCGCAAUCAGAGGGGAAGGGUAUUUCUAAUGUAUUUAAAAAGACGUUACUUGGACGCAUGUACACGACGGUCUUAGAUCAUGGAGAAUGAGGAUGAAAUAAAUGACAUGAGACUUCAGUUCCAAGCGCUACAAAGGCAGCAGGAAAGAAGAAAACUGGAUAGGAAAAAGGAGAAACGACCAGAUGAGCUUGAUGUCAUUGGAACCCAGGAUGAUUUGGAUCUAUCUAAGCAAGGAAUUCAGUCAGACAAUGUCGAACACAGACUGCUGCAGAAAGACAAACAACCUUUGCUAGACCAGCUGAGGGAGCUAAAGGAUGAAAAUGGUCGACUGUUCAAACUACUGAGUGAGAAAGAUUUUGAAAUUAAACACCUGAACAAGAAAAGGGAAGAAGAGCGAAUGGUUUUAGCAGGCACAUCAGGGCUGGCAGGGGAUAUCGCAGCCACCAAGAUUGUCGAGCUGUCCAAGAAGAAUAGAGAACUUCAUGCUGAAAUUGAGCGGGAAAAAAUUAAAUCCAAGCAAAACAGCAACAGAGUCAAAGAUCUUGAGAAGGAGCUGCAGGCGGCUUUGGCGCUCUUUCCACCUGGGCAAAAGAUUGAUACAAGGUCACAGCAUAAGACAUAUGAUGACUGUGAGCAGGAACAUCCAAUGGUGAAAUCUCUUCAGGAAAAGUUAGCAGCUGCCCAGCGGAAAGCAACUGAGUAUCGAAACCAGGUUCAAUCCGUCAAACAGGAGCUUAAAGUAGCUCAGAAGGUUUUAACCAGUGAGAUUGGAGAGGAGGUCAACUUUCAGCAAUUACUGAACAGCCCUGGGAGCUUUAGAGGUCGCUCGCAGCAGAUACUGGCUCUUCAGACAAGGGUUCGGGACCUGGAGCAGCAGCUGAACCAGUAUACUCAGCAGAGACAACCAAGCAUCCUGAGUUUGGAGGAAGAGCUUUUUGACAAGAAAGUCCUCCAGAAAACCCUUCAUCAAGAGAGGAACCUCAGCUACAUCCGCACCAUGGAAAAGGAAAAGAGGGAGGCAUUUGAGAGGAUCUCAGCAGACUAUGAGGCCAUCCUGAAUGACCAUGAGGAUGUGAAGAAAAAGUUGGAAGCCUCUAAAGCCAGAAACAAAUCUCUCUCUACCGAAAUAAAAUCUCUGAAGGCCAAGAUCUCCACCCUCCUGGAAAAGGAAAAACAUGAUAAUGAGCUUGUGGAUGCCCUGCUGAAACAGCAGUUGCAGAUGCAGGAGGUGCUGAGACAGCUCGGCCAACAGCAACAUGAACAGAGCAAUGAGACCCAGUCAAGACAACAGCAGAGCAGCGAGCCUUUUCUGCACAACGCUCCUAUCCACAGGCUUAGACAGACAGUUGCUGAGAGAGAGGCCAGAAUCAAAGAACUAGAGGGCAAAAUACAGCAGCUUUCUGUCAAGGAGGAGAGCAUGGAGAGGCAGUCCAGCCUGAAGACAACACUUUGCAGUUCAGGGUUUCCGCCUGAAGAGGGAGACAUUGACAAAAUAAUAACAUGUUCAGGUUCUGUUUCUAAAUUUGGUCAUAAACUGGUGUUGCCUGCUGUGCAAAGCAGUAUAGAAUUCAAAGAGAAAGAGAUGAACCAGGAGGAGCGCCGCAGGAUCCUCGAACAGCAGCUGGAGUCAACACAAUGUGAUCCAAAGUAAGGACUGGGCAGUCAGCAAGGGUAAAACUGGUAUGCCAAGAACUCCGCCCCUCAGAAGCAGUUUCCCUCAGCACCAGUGUGGCAGGAGUCGCCGAGCAACAGGAACUGUUAGAUGGUCCUAAAAAUUGGUUGUCAUUUGUCAACAUCUUAUUUUAAAAGAAGCAAGAUUUUUUUUUUCCAACUCAAGAUUUUCACAAGAAAACGGAAAUAACGAUGCCUGGCAAAGGACAUAUUGCUUAUGGACAGUGCUCAUUUCAACCCCUCAUGUUGGGGCAGCACAGAGAUGUCCAUGUUGCUCUUUUAUGUUGUCUCCUGGUUGGUCAUUUAGCUGGAGGAAACACAGGCGCUGAGGGCAUUGCUAAAGAGCACUCUCCACCAUGACCGGCAGCUCUGCAAUGACGUGAUGAGACAAGCCAAGCGUGUUUUCCUGCAGGCUCUGUGACAGCCCAGACUAGACACUAACCAGGGGAACCAGCCAGUCCCUGCUCAACCUCACUUCCAGCUGAGCACUACCUUCUCCUGUCACAUGUGACAAACAGCAGUCUGCAGGAAACAGGCUCUCCUCCUCUGCCACAAAAAACAUCACACGGAGCUAGGUCUUUUUCUCCUUAUGGAACCCUUCAAGACGGUGUCUGUUGGUUCCUUUGUGCUUUUGCCGUUUCCAACAUAAAAGCUUGAGUAGCUUGAGCAGCAGCGCUUUCAGCUUAACUGUGGUGUGACAAGUGUUCCUGCUGAUUACAGAAAUGUUUGAUUCACAUUUUCUCUGCUUGCAGUUUUCUAAAUGUUUUCCUCUGCGGGUAACCUGAAGUGCAUUAGCGGUAUAGAAAGCAACAGUCUGUUUUGUAAGCCAUCCGGAUGUCCAAUUUAAUCAAUGGAAGGCAAACCCAAUCUUUACCAAAUGUUUUGAGUAUAUUGUUUACAUUCAUGGCUAUGACCUUCCUAGAGUUAUGAGUUUUUUUUGGCUCCAGAUGGUUGUACAUAAAUGUGUGACAGGCCAAGCCAAAUAGUAAACACCCCAGUUAAGUUCACAUACAUUUCAAUAUUACUUUUAAAUAUUCCUGCUAAUCAUUUCUGACUUAAAACCAGAUGUGUGGGAAUAGUGGUUGAAAAUGAAUGAGGGCUCAAGCUACACAAACUCCCACUGUAGUCCUCCAUAGACUCCCCAGAGCAUGUCACACGUAUGUACAGAAUGCAAGCCUCGCUCCUCAACCCAAAGGUUGCCUGGAUGUGCGUAGCCUGGUGGGACUGCGCUCUACAUUCAUACUAACAUCCGAGUUAUUUUCUUCCGAUGUAGCCAAAAGGAUUUCAGCAGAAACCCCCCCUCCACCUUUCCUCUGCCUCCACAUCACGCUUAAUUUAAAACCAUGGCUGAGUUAGUGUGCUGCUUCAAAUACCGCACUAUUUCUUCCAGGACCCUGUGGGAGAUUGGCAGGUCCCCAUUGGACUGAGCGAGAAAAAGUGCCACAAGACAAAAAUAUCAGAGUUUGGAUGUGAUGAAGAAAGCCUUUAUGCUCAGAGUAACAAAAAACUGCUUGUGUUAAAUACCUCCUGGAUAGAAGGUGAGGAACGCUUUAAUGUAGUCGAGUGAGAUGCCAUUGUAGGAACAGAUGAGAUAACAUAAGCUUCAUGACUGCAUGCCUUACAGGAUUGCCUAUGAGGUUUUUGAAAUGUGCGUGAGAAAAGGUGACAUACAUGGUCCCUAACUGCAUUCAAUUCAAGAGAAAAUGUUGAACUUAACACAUUUUUGUUCAGUUGUGCUUUAAGUUGGCAGCAGCUAAUCGUGGCCAUGACUCUCUUGUAAAAGAGAUUUUUAAUCUAAAUAAUCUAAUAAUAUACGACCUCAUGAAUCAGUUUUGUAGAGCAUGUGGAACAUCUUCUCAAACAUUAAAUAUAAAGCUUGUAUUUGGCCAGGUGAUAUUGAGAUAUUACCAGCUAUUGAAAGUGAAUUCAUUCUCAUUGCUGUUCAAUUUUAAUUUCACUGUUUAAUUUCAGUUACAAACCAAUGUCACAGAUAAUGUGACUACUCUGCUUGAUUAGAUUUUUUAAAUAGUGUCAUCACUUUCAAAUAAAUUACACUUCCCCAGACAAUUUUAAUAUUGUUUUAUGUAGCUGUAUUACGCAUAAAGGUGUAGAUUUAUUCCAAAAUGCCCAAUAACCCACCAAACCAAACACAAACUUAUGUAAACACAGCAUACGUAAACAGCCUCACCUAUUUGUCAUUCCAGCUUUGAAUGACUCCUUUCUCCAUCCUUCUCCUCAGAGGUAUUCCCUCGUUCUGGACCAAUGCUUCCUGCAGACCAUUGACUGCAUCCAGAAAGUAAAGUAAAUAGUGGAGCCGUGAACGCAGAGGUUAAAGUUAGCCAUCAGUAUAUGAGGGAUCUGUGAACUUUACUCAGGCCAGCAAACGGUUUGUGCCUCUAUGAGUCCAUUCAUCUCCCACUGCCUCUCAUUUACAUGUAAUGGAAAGAAAAUAAACAGCGGUGUCCUAAUGUGCUCAUUUACAGUAAGUAGAAAUAAAGUAAUGGGCUGUUAUCUUUACUAAGCCAUUGGUGAAACAGUGAUAAGCACAAGUCAAAUGUUGAUCAUACUGUAGUGUAAAGCAGAAUAGUUGCUGACAAUGACUUCUACAAUAAAGUAUAAAGGUGUUUUACUACAAUCUUCCCCAAAAGUUUAGUUAAUGUCAGCUUUAAAAAACAAAAAGGCAGUUUGCAUCAUGUCCAUAGUCAAUACAUCUGCUCUUUGUAAUCCUUUGAUUAUCUCUGCAGGGUGGCAUCACUAGAUGGCAGUGUAGUUAGUCAUAUACUGCACAUCAACCUCUUCUGAUGGGUUGCUCUGACAGUCAGUGACUUGUUGUUGUCCAGCAAUAACACUCUCUGUAGCCAAAUAUGCCACUUAAACAAUUGUUGUGUAAUCUGUUGUACACAACAAUGAUGUGCUAUCAAUACAGUACAGUUUAGCUGUCAUUAGAAUUACCCAGUUGUGGUUAAAUCAAUAGAUAUUAAUAAAAACAUGAUCGCACUUAUUCUGAAAGCUACAAGAUACAGUGGUGACAUUUCUGAAGAAUAUCUGUAUUUUUUGCUACAAUGAAACAAAGUGACACCUAACAUAAACUCACUAUGAAUAGAAAAUGGUAUACAUUUUACUGUAGCUCCUCAAACUCUGACAAUGGCAUGUUCUCUGCUGUUUGCAGCUUUCUGCCCCUCAAAUCGCUGUACUAAUCUAGCCGUCACACUUGACUCUAAAAUUAAAUUGCUUCCCAUAUUCUGUCAAAUGUUCCGUCUCGGAAAUAAUCAAUUUCUCCAGGAAACACUCAACCUUACGUCUGAUGACCGUUUUGAAAAAGAAAAUAGCAGUUUUGUUUUAAUUCAACAUCUAGAAAUCUUCCACAUACAUUUGAGCAAUUUGAAAUGCCUCAAAAAAAUGACCCUUGUCAGAUGAAAGACAGGCAGUAUAUAUUUGUAGCCAAAGUCUUCCAGAGCCGGAUGUUUGCAUCAUUGGCUGUGACAUGUGUGUCCAUCAUCGCUCGUGUGGAUAUCCUUAAUAAUAAAUCACAACACUGUCACUUU